GCUCCUCACUUGGACGUGGACCACUAAACAUCCUGUUUUCAGAUAGCUCUCUGCUCCCCUUGCGGUCCUCUGCUCUUUCUUCCUCUCUGGGCACAUGCAUCUGAAAGGCGAAGGCCAGCCGCAAGAUGGAGGCCUCUAAAGAAAAGAUCAUCUUGAACGUUGGAGGUAUCAGACAUGAAACUUACUGCAGCACCCUCAAAGCCUUCCCAGGGACCAAGCUGUGCCAGCUCACAGAGCCCCAGGGCUGUGCUAAGUUUAACUAUGACCCUGACACCAAUGAGUUUUUCUUCGACAGAAGCGCCAGGCUGUUUGGUGAUGUGUUGAACUACUACAGGACCAAAAACCUCCACUGUCCUGCAGAGGUCUGUAAGUUCCUCUGGGAGGAGGAGCUGGCCUUCUGGGAAAUUCCUCAUGCAAAGCUGGCCCCCUGCUGCUGGAUGAAGCUGAGCAACACAGAAGGUCCAGAGGAGGAGUUUCUUCUCGAAGGCGACAGUGAUGAUAACGAUGAAGACAGCUUGGCUCUUCUGGGCCAGGUGGAAAGAAGGGAUCAGCAUUUUUGGGCUCGGUGGCAGCCCAAGAUAUGGGCUCUCUUUGACAAGCCCUAUUCCUCUACAGCUGCCAUGUGCUUGAUGAUAAUUUCCCUGCUGUUCAAUACUGGCAUCCUCAUUCUCUUUUUCAUGGAACCGAUGACCGACUUUGAGUACAAGCAUUUCAAUGAUUCAGUAGCCUAUGGCAUAUUCCACGUUGCUCUGACGGACUCUUUCCGAGAGACUAUCAGCCUGCUCUAUGUAGAGCUUUUCUGCAUCCUCUGGUUCACAUUUGAGUUUUCUAUGCGACUCUCAUUCUGCCCAGACAAAAAGAAAUUCCUUAUAAAUCCUCUGAAUAUUACUGAUUUCCUUUCUCUGUUUCCGGUUUUCAUUGAGCUCUUUUUAAUUGGACAUAGUGAUGAAAUGCUGGACACCUUAUUCUGGCUGGGUCUGCUCCGUGUGCUCUACAUCGUCAAACUCUUGAAGAUCUUCAAGCUCCUGGAGACCCCACUGAUGCUGCGAAUUCUGCCCUUCGCAUUCCGGUCCAUCUUGAGAGAGGUCUUCAUCCUCAUGAUGAUUUUUGUAUUUGAAGUCCUUUUCUUUGGUGCCCUCUGCUAUCAUGCGGACCUCCUUGAACCAUACUCACACUUUGAUGGAAUGCUCUCUUCCUUCUAUUGGGCAGCGAUCACCUUGACCACGGUCGGCUAUGGAGAUACGUUUGCUGUCAGUCCAUUGGGCAGAGCCAUCGCAUGCUGCACAGCCAUCUGUGGCAUCCUGACCAUCAUCAUUCCCCUCCCAGUCUUUUUGAUCAAGUUCCAGGGCUAUUAUGCCACCGCCGUCAUGAAGGAGAAGAUGAAAAGCAACAAGAGGAGCAACUAAGAGAACCACAGGGCAGCAUAGUUCCAGCUUAGAGAUAUAAAAUUUCCAGAAAAACCUCCCCCCUUUACUUUUGGUGGGGAAAAACAGGAAUUUGGGGAGAUAUUUAUAUAUAUGCAGUACUUACCAUCCUAAUAACCUAAUUUUACUGCUUUAGCAACAUAAAGUGCAUCAUUUGUAACUUACUUAGCACAUACAAUUUCAAUAUUUGACAUAUUUAUGGAACUUAAAUGUUAUAAAUGCCCUAGCUUCAUACAAACAAAAUUGUAAAUACACCCAGUACUUGAGAGAAAGCAGCAGGCUGACGCACCCUGUGCUGCCUUGGCACGUGCACCUUGGUUCUGGCUACCUGAUUACAGAGAGCUCAGUUCUCAGGGAAACAUUCUCUUCUCCUCUGAGGCUCAGGUGCGUUUUCUGCCUCACCUCCUUAUGAUUUUUUCCCCUUCUCCUUGAAUUAAGCCCCUUUUUGCCCAGUCUGUGGGUAAAUGUGUCACAGUCAUUUGAGGGAGAGGUGAAAAGGUCAACCAAAUUUCCAAUUUUUAUGUUGGGAUUUAAAAAAAAAUUCUCAGUAAAAUAUGGGAGAAACCCUUUCCUCUCAUUUUCCCCCAGGCAUUCACAUCUCUAUUCUGGCUGUUUACAGGAUGAAGAAAAACCCUUCUGGAGAGCUCACACUACCACAAUAUGGAAGCUUUAGUUUAGCUGAAGCAAGUUGUACCUUACCACCUGAAUAGGGAUGGCCAAACUGUGGCUUGGGAGCCACAUGUGGCUCUU